AUGAAGGGAUCCACAGGGGGCAUUAGCAGGGGAGCUUUAGCUAGAAAGCUGAAGUCGGACCGUCGACUGGCAACAAAAAUCGUAGAGCGCUCCGGGGGCAAGCAUGCUGGUCAGGUAUCUGAGCAGCAUGCCAACACGCUCGAAUGGGCUAAGGAGGUCCGGAGUGAGAGCGAGACCGAUAGGGCUCGACUCGAAACGAAGGGACCCGAACCAGCGUGCAAGAGUGCUUGGUGUGCUAGACCGCAGCAGGGGGGAUGCGCCAUCUCUCACGAAGAGUGGAAAAGAGUAGCGGCAGCCAUUUCGUCAGUCUUCCUCAGGGUGGUUAAGGGAAACCCGGGACCAAACCCAAAAUGUGUAAGUGCCGGUUGGCAUCAUGGGCUGCAUAAGCUGACAAGGUGUGCCGAUGAAAGAUCGGCCAUCUUAUAUAAGGAGGCAGUAUCUCUGGAGGGGGAGGUGUGGAAGGGAGCCAGACUGGAGGCCGUGGACAAAGCGGACCUUCCUCUUCGCCCGAGGGCUCGCGUCUGGCUGCCGGCUGAACCUUCCAUUGCAAAUGAGAUUGAGGAAAUCCUCAAGUACUGCAACCCCUCUCUCCCCACGCAUGACUGGAGGGUUAUAAGGCUGGAGAGAACCGAUGAACCUUAUCGGCAAGCGUUGGUAAUGCUUAACGAGGAGCCCAUCGGUCCUCUCAGCAAAACCAAGGGAGCCAUCAGCUAUGGUUUCGAAAUGGUUGUGCUAAAUGUACUCCCAACGGAUACCGGGGCUGAUGGCACCCAAGCUGCAGAUGCAGAGGAGAAGGCAGACGGCGUUAGCGAUGGUCAAGCGACCAUAGAAAACGACCCAAACCUCUCGGACGUGGCGAGUUCUGGAGGCGGUUCGUCGAUUGGCGAUUCCGUCUUCAGCCUCGAAAAACUGUUUGAGGAGGUGAGGGUCGAUCACGACAUAAGCGCUGAACUGGCGCUGCUAGAGGAGAGUCUGAAGGAUGAAAUUCCUCCAGAUUAAUGUCCAACACUCAAAGGUGGCCUCCGCCAAUUUACUGCUUCGUCUGGAGCAAGACGAGGCCGAUGUCGUCCUGAUCCAGGAACCGUGGCUGACUGGUAGCGGGAUCUCUGGCUUGAGGACGAGGAGCCAUAAGCUGCUGGCGACCAAUGAUGCAGCAAUGCUGACAUAGUAACAGCAAAACUGGAGUGCGAGACCGGAAAUGUCUGGAUUAUCUCCGCGUAUAUGCCACACGAUGAUGCGGUGGAGCCACCUCCCGUAUUGCUAAGGAAGACCUUGGCUGAAGCGUCCCGGAAUGAUGCCGACGUCAUCAUCGGCUCGGACGCCAACUUGCGAUACUCGAUCUGGGGCAGCUCGGAUACAAAUAAUAGAGGACUUACAAACAACCGUUAUGUGAACAAA